AUGGACCUUCUCCUCCUGCUGGCUCUCGUCUCUUCUCUCUCCCGAUGCUCAGCUCUCUGGUGUUACGACAGCCAGUAUACCUGCGCUGACCCAUGCAAAAACCCCGGGCACUGGGCGAUGCUGUUCCCAAACUGUGGAGGAUUACGGCAGUCACCCAUCAACAUUGUCACCAGCCAAGUGCACGUCAACACAGCCUUACACCCGUUGGAUUUCAAGGGGCAUGAAAGCAAAAUUAAUAUCACUGUGGAAAAUCUUGGGCAUUCAAUCCAGUUCCUGCUGCCCCAGUCGGUGCGUCUGACCGGAGGAGCCCUGCCGGGGAACUACCGAGCCCUCCAGUUCCACCUGCACUGGGGGGCCGACGGAGGGCCGGGGUCAGAGCACACCAUCGAUGGAGAGAGGUUCCCCAUGGAGCUCCACAUGGUCCACAUCAAGGAGCCCUACAGCUCCCUGGCCGAGGCGGAACACGACAUGGCCGGCAUAGCGCUCCUCUCCUUCCUGUUUGAGGAGUCAAUAGACGACCAUCCUCACCUCAACACUCUGAUUGCUGCGAUGGGACACAUCCAUGAAAACGGCAGCUCAGCAGAGAUCCGAGACUUCAGACUGACCGACAUCAUCCCACCUGCAAAGGACCUCCAUAGUUACUAUCGCUAUGUGGGCUCCAUGACGACGCCCGGUUGUGAGCAGGCAGUAGCUUGGACGGUGUUUCACAAGACCCUGCCCGUCAGCAGCAAACAGCUGGUGGCGAUAUCUCAGCAGUGUCGCUUUUGGAACGGCAAGCCCAUGAUGAACAUCUUCCGCCCGGUGCAGCCACUAGAUGGCAGAGUUGUCUACUGGUCGAGGGCCAGAGCCGUCCUCCCCAACAUGCUGGGCGCGUGUCUGUGUGUGCUCUGCCAGUUCUGGCUCUCGGCCUGGGGCACUUGGGGCGACAGUUUUGUGUAAAAAAAAAAAGAUUUUUUUUACUCUAUAUGUCAAAUUCAAACAGAACUGCGCGUAUUAUUCAGAACCCAUUUUGACAUUUUAAGUAUUCAGAUCCCUGGUUUUCGUCCAUUAGUGGAAUGAUUAAAGGAAAACAACGUAGUGUAAGUUAGGACCCUGAGAGGCAACACUUAACAACAGCCUGCACUCUGUAUUCACUGAAGACAACUUCUACUGCUUCUACUGCCAUCGUAAUUCAGUCUUAGGAAGAAUACGACAAACCAAUACGCACCAGAGCGCUGACGUAGAAUAAAUACUCACAUCAUGGAUAUAGCUUGUCUACAGAUGUUUCAUUUAGGUUAUGUUCAACCCAAGCCACAGGAAGAAGGUAGAGUUGAGGAGAGAAUGGGUAUUUUCUGUAUUUCUGGAGGGAAGAAAUGUUUCCAGGGCUUUCUUCUACUCCUGCUUCUCUUCUGCAGUUUAACAUAGGUGUAGUGUGACUAGUGAGUCCUGGACUAAAUUAAUUCUCAAUAAUGAAUGACUGAUUUCAAUCUCCAAUUAAAAAAUAUACGUAUAUAAAAUGGCA